AUGACGACACCCCCACAGAGGGCACAGCAGCUCCCUGGGGGUACCGAGGGCCAUAUGCACUCCAGCUAUGGUGGAAGCGUCAUACCUGAUGAGAAGCUGACAAAGACUCCCAUCCAGAGGCAACACCCAUUUGAAUCCCACAUCUCCCGCUUUGCCCUGUUCCCCACCUUCUCUUCCCCGGACGAUGCGGAUACUGGAGUGCGUUCCACAGCGAGAUCCUCCCUGAACCCUCUCAUCCCCACCCGUGCUCAGGAUGUUACUGUGCUGAGCAAGACCAAGGGUGCUCCUUUCCGUCAUGAAGUUCAUUUGGUCGGCAGGGAAAAGGCCCUCACUUGGCCAGGACAGCAGGGCUUCUACCAUUCACCAGCAAAGACAAGUGAAGUCCUCUACCCACCCCCUCCAAAGGCUGUUUGCCCCAACCCAUCCCUCCGUCCCUGGAGCGCCACGUUGUGCGAGCGGACGGCUCGCAUGCUGCGCAACCUGGAGCGUUCACGUUGGGUGACCUCCCAUCAGCUGGACUUCACAGGCAGUGGACCCAUGAACCCAAUAAAGCUGGAUGACUUUCACGAGAAGACAAUCGCAAUGGUUGCUGGUGUCAGCCCCUAUAUAGUCCAGCUGAGGGAGCAAUCCCAUCCUCAGUUUAUACCUGCCAAACCAAUGAAUGGCUACAAGCAGAGGAUCCGUGAAGGGCAUCACUUCCUGCAGCAUCACUGUCCACCUACCAUUCAAUAUGAUGGUCACACGGACCAGGCAUCUUCCUCCCCUGAGAGGACUGAUCAAGGCAGCCAAAAUGACAGCCAUAAAAGGACACCCAUUAUGUCAGGUCUGGCCACCGGGCACCCUUGGUCUGAUACUGAACUGAGGGAGGGAAGGAGGAUCACUUGUACCAGCUUCAGCGGACCCCCAUGGUCGCCUCCCAUAUCUUCCCACAGAGGGAUUGGGGCUCCUCUCUCCAGGUCCCGAUCCAUCUUGCUGGCGCUCCAGGACUCCUUCAGCAAGACAGAAGCCCAUCGAUGCUUCCAGCAAAGCCUUCAGGGUUCUCCAGCAGACCUGCGAGACAGCAUACGCACCGGAAAGCGGCACUGCUUCUACGGGUUCAACUCGUACUACUUCCAUGAUUGA